GCUGCUAAAAGACAGGAAGCAUGGGAGGUAAUUGGGAAUGAGCUCCAGGUGAGUCGACUAGCUGAGAGGAAGGAUGGUGGCUCAGAGACAUUAGGAGGAGGAAGAGGAGUGGCGCAGGUGCUCCGUAUUUUGCCUUGUUAAAAGGGGAGGAUCCUUGAACAGCAUGGCAACACAAGGCUAUAAAGAGUGAGGCACAACCUGCCGUGGCAAAGCUUUAAGUCUCCUCUAGCAGCAGCAGCAGCAGCAGCAGCCAUGCUCAGCCUCAUCAAAGUCCCUCAAGUUCUCACCAUCAACCAGGUCCCCAAAGUUUUCCAAGAGGACUGCAUCAUUUCAGGAUACCGGCAGCCCAGAAGCUCAGCUGUCGACUGCAUCCGCAGCCUCUUCCAGCUGACCAAUGAGACGCUCAACAUCUGGACCCACUUUCUGCCUACCUGGUACUUCCUAUGGAAACUGGUGACUGUGGUACUGAUGCAGACUGCAUGGCAGGACUCCCUCACCUGGCCUCUGCUGGUCUUCCUCUCCUCCUGCUGCAUUUAUCCUCUGGCAUCCAGCUGCGCGCACACCUUCAGCAGCAUGUCGACGCGGGCUCGCCACAUCUGCUUCUUCUUUGACUACGGCGCCCUCAGCUUUUACAGCCUCGGGUCUGCAGUUGUUUAUUCGGCUUAUGUUUUCCCUGACAAGUGGACAAACGGGUACUUUCACCAGUGCUACAUUCCCAUUGCUGUGUUCAACGCCAUCAUCAGCACCACGCUGGCAUGUUACUCCAGGCUGGGCUUUCCAUUUCUGCAAUAUAACCAUGACGUCACAAGGAGGUUUCCUGAGUGUCAGAGUCCAAAGUUCAGCAAAUUUCUCCGUGUUGUAGCAUUUGCUUACCCAUACCUGUUCGACAACAUCCCUCUGUUCUACAGGGUGUUCCUGUGUGCAGGUGAAGGCUGCACCGAUAACGAAACCAACAUGCUGCACUACAACCAUGUUGCCUUGGCUUUUCUCACAGGCUUUCUGUUUGCCACACAUUUACCUGAGCGUCUGGCUCCUGGCAGCUUUGACUACAUCGGCCACAGCCACCAGCUCUUCCAUGUGUUCGCUAUCCUUGGCACCCACUUCCAGAUGCAGGCUGUGGAGCAGGACAUGGCGAUACGGCGCCCCUGGCUCACUGCAAACUCCAUUCCCAUCACAUUUGCCAACUCGAUGGGCCCGGCGCUGGUCUGUUUGGUACUCAACUGCAUCAUUAUCGCCCUCUUUAGUCUACCUCUUCUCUCUGGUCCAGGGGGAAACCAUGGAAAACAACCGAAGAAAACAUAAGUCCUCCUAGAAAGACCCAAGCCAUCUCAUGUGCUGCAGACCAGGAAACAGAAAAGUGUGUUGGGGAUCUUUUUUUUUUUUUUUUUUUUUUUUUUUUUUUUUUUUUUUUUUUUUUUUAACAGGUGCAUAAAACAAUUCUAGCUCAUUAUUCAGAAUGCACUGUUGCUGCUGCCGUUAAACCUGUCAGACAGCUGAAUAGAAAAGCAAAAUCUUCACAAAAAACCUCAUUGCAAUGCAAACGAAAGCAAACAUUUGAACUUUGCAUUGCAAUAAAUUUGCUUCUGAGGAAGUUUAAUCCAGAAACACAGAAACGAUGUUGCACUUUUGCUGCAUUUUGUAUUUAAUUAUAUUUCCUUUUAAUUCUCUGAUUUCCACGGUUGUGGUAUGUAUGAAGAGUUUUUAAACCCUUUUUCCUACUGUUUAAGAUUAUUUUCUUUUACGUCAGAAAAUUUUAUUGUAAAGAUGUACUUUAUAGUAUUUGUAAGAUUUGUGCUUGUCCUCCGCCUGUUGGAUUAGACUGGACAGUCUUUGCACAGAGACAUAAUGAUUCGGUCCUGAGAUUAAGCUACCAGGGAAAACUGGACCUCAUGAACAAAUGAAGAUGUCUCUAACUCUUUGCACUGAUCAUGAACGGAAUGUAUUUAGGAAAAAGUUAUUUAUUGUAUUUUUUAGAUUUCAAAUAAACAGUUGAAAAAAAAAA